AUGCCCUUGCGUCAUCCUUUCAUUUUCUCGCUUUGUUGUGGUCGCGACGCACAGAUUAUAAAUACCUCUUUUCCGUCCGUUGGGAGACACUACAAGCACCUCAAGCUUAUCUUGAAUCUUCUACCUCCGAGAAUUCUCGGAUUUUCUCGGGAAUCUUUCCGCGUUUUCCCGAGUUCGCCAUGAUUCUCCAAACUUCUCUCUCUCCGCCUAUCACUCUUCUCUCUCCCUCCUCUUCCCACCGGCUCAACCCUCUCUUUUUCUCCCACCGUCGCCGCCGCCUCCGGCUUGGUCUAUCUCGCUUGAAUUAUACUUCUGCGCAGCGUAGAUGUUCUUUUUCCGUCGUUGCAUCAGGAAAUGAUGUCUUUACUUCUCCUGAGACGGCUAAGACGUUUGAUUUUUCCUCGGAGGAGAAAAUAUACAAAUGGUGGGAGUCACAAGGGUACUUCAAACCAAGUUUCAACCAAGGAGGCAACCCUUUUGUGAUACCAAUGCCACCUCCUAAUGUUACUGGUUCGCUGCACAUGGGGCAUGCAAUGUUUGUGACUCUUGAGGAUAUCAUGGUUAGAUACAAUAGGAUGAAAGGGAGACCAACACUUUGGCUUCCUGGAACUGAUCAUGCUGGUAUUGCUACUCAGUUGGUCGUGGAAAAGAUGCUGGCAUCAGAAGGCAUUAAGAGGGUAGAGCUGGGUAGAGAUGAGUUUACAAAAAGAGUGUGGGAGUGGAAGGAGAAGUAUGGCGGAACUAUCACAAAUCAGAUCAAGAGACUCGGCGCUUCUUGUGAUUGGAGUAGAGAACGAUUCACUCUUGAUGAGAAUUUGAGCCGAGCUGUGAUUGAGGCUUUUGUUAGGCUUCAUGAGAAAGGCUUGAUAUAUCAAGGAUCCUACAUGGUCAACUGGUCUCCUAAUUUACAGACCGCAGUUUCAGACUUGGAAGUAGAAUAUUCUGAGGAACCUGGGUUUUUGUACCAUAUUAAAUAUCGUAUCGCUGGAGGUUCAAGGAGUGAUUUUCUUACCAUAGCAACAACACGCCCAGAGACUUUGUUCGGCGAUGUGGCAGUUGCAGUGCAUCCUCAGGAUGAUCGCUAUUCCAAGUAUAUUGGUCAGAUGGCAAUCGUACCUAUGACAUAUGGUCGGCAUGUCCCAAUUAUUUCUGACAAGUAUGUUGAUAAAGAUUUUGGGACUGGUGUUCUGAAGAUAAGCCCUGGACAUGAUCACAAUGAUUAUCUUCUUGCAAGAAAGCUAGGACUUCCCAUACUGAAUGUGAUGAACAAGGAUGCCACGCUAAAUGAUGUUGCUGGGUUGUAUUGCGGCCUUGACCGCUUUGAGGCGAGGGAGAAACUCUGGGCAGAUCUUGAGGAAACAGGUUUAGCUGUCAAGAAGGAGCCUUAUACUCUACGAGUUCCAAGAUCUCAGCGUGGCGGAGAAGUUGUUGAGCCAUUGAUAAGCAAACAGUGGUUUGUUCACAUGGAGCCUUUGGCCGAGAAGGCCCUUCUUGCUGUCGAAAAGGGAGAACUAACCAUCAUACCGGAGAGAUUUGAGAAGAUAUACAACCAUUGGCUGUCCAAUAUUAAGGACUGGUGCAUUAGCCGCCAAUUGUGGUGGGGGCACCGCAUACCAGUUUGGUAUAUUGUUGGGAAGGACUGUCAGGAGGACUAUAUAGUUGCUAGAAAUGCUGAUGAAGCCCUUAAGAAAGCCUGGGAGAAGUAUGGAAAAGAUGUCGAAAUUUAUCAGGAUCCAGAUGUGCUUGACACUUGGUUUUCCAGCUCAUUGUGGCCUUUCAGCACCCUUGGCUGGCCUGAUGUGUCGGCAGUGGAUUUCAAGAACUUUUAUCCUACAAAUAUGUUGGAAACGGGGCAUGACAUAUUGUUUUUCUGGGUUGCAAGAAUGGUUAUGAUGGGAAUAGAAUUUACUGGGACUGUUCCAUUUUCACAUAUCUAUCUUCAUGGACUUAUUCGAGACUCUCAGGGGAGGAAAAUGUCAAAAACACUUGGGAAUGUUAUUGAUCCACUUGACACAGUUAAGGAUUUUGGAACCGAUGCUUUGAGAUUUACCCUUGCGUUGGGAACUGCUGGUCAGGAUCUCAACUUGUCUACUGAGAGGUUGACUGCAAAUAAAGCAUUCACCAACAAACUAUGGAAUGCUGGAAAGUUUGUGCUGCAGUCUCUUCCCAGUCUUAGCAACACAUCUGCUUGGGGGAAUUUGCUGGCUUUAAAGUUUGACAAGGAAGAAGCUCUGGUGUCAUUACCAUUGCCUGAGCGUUGGGCGGUGUCAAAACUUCAUAUUCUUAUCGAUGCUGUCACAGCAAGUUACGAGAAGCUUUUCUUUGGAGAUGUUGGAAGGGACACAUAUGAUUUCUUUUGGAGCGAUUUUGCUGAUUGGUAUAUCGAAGCCAGCAAGUCUCGGUUGUAUGGAUCAGGAGAUGAUGAUUCAGCUACUCUGGUUUCCCAGGCAGUCCUGUUAUAUGUCUUCGAGAAUACACUAAAGUUGCUGCAUCCUUUUAUGCCUUUUGUAACAGAGGAUCUAUGGCAGGCACUUCCAUAUAGGAAAGAAGCCCUAAUUGUAUCCCCAUGGCCACAGAAUUCACUGCCAAGGGAUGUUGAAUCGAUCAGAAGAUUUGAAAAUUUACAAGCUCUGACUAGAGCAAUUAGAAAUGCUCGAGCGGAGUAUGGAGUGGAGCCGGCAAAGCGUAUAUCUGCAUCCAUAGUUGGAAAUCCAGACGUUGUUGAAUACAUUCUGAAAGAGAAGGAGGUCUUAGCUCUUCUCUCAAGGCUUGAUCUGAAUAAUGUUCACUUUACCAACUCUCCUCCUGGUGAUGCAAAUAUAUCAGUGCACCUUGUGGCGAGCGAAGGGCUAGAGGCGUAUCUUCCGCUUUCGGAUAUGGUCGACGUUUCUGCCGAAAUCCAACGCCUUUCCAAGCGCCUCUCCAAGAUGCAAACUGAAUACGAUGCACUCCUAUCUCGCCUCAACUCUCCAAAGUUUGUAGAGAAAGCUCCUGAAGAAGUGGUGCGUGGGGUGCGGGAGAAAGCAGCAGAAGCGGAAGAGAAGAUAAAGCUUACACAAACCCGUCUUGAGUUUCUCAACUCCACCACUUGCGUCUCUCCCUAGAUCUCUCUCUCUCUCUCUCCAGGUAAUUUUGUAUUAAAUAAACAAAAUGCAUUUCCAUUUCCAUUGUCAUCAUUAUGCAUGCUAUGAAUGAUAAGAGUAAGAACAAAAGAGAGAAAAAAGGGGCAGACAAAGAAAACGGACCCAACCCUCACAUGCUCCGUUAAAACUCCACUCUCUCUCCGCUAUUUCGCCGCAUUUUUCGCCUUCUUUAUGACUUUUGUUUUUAAUAAUUUCGUUACAAGUAAUACGCUGUGUUUUUUUUUCCA